AUGCCGGGGAAUGCUUCUGCGCCUCGUCACCCUGCGCUCGGGCAACCUCACUCUCCAAGCCUCCUGACUGCCCGGGAGUCCGCAGCCUCGAAACCAAGAAAGGAAGAAACCAGGCGGGUUAUUUACGAGGUGCUCUCCCCCCCCCGCGUGUCAACCCCCUGCAAAAUAAACCCAUCUGUCACCGGCCCCGGGGACCUCGCCGGGGCAAGCAGACCCGCCCCCACCCAGCGGACCAGGGUGACGACAGCGCAGCCGGACGCAGCGCGCAGUCUCGGCGCUGCUGGCUCGCUCUGUCCGCGUCUGGCGGGGCUCAGGGCGCGGGGACGCCACCCGCCACCCGAGGCUGCGGCGCCAGAGAGGAGACGGGGUGCCCCGGCAGCCUCCCCAACCCGGCCCGGAGCGCGCGCGGACUCGGCGGCUCGCGGUGCCACUGCCCCCCGGGGCCCAACGCAAGGCUCACCUGCGGGCUCCGCGCAGCGGAAGCUGCUGGACAUAUUAGGGAGCCGGCGCUGGUGUAGACAAUUCCCGCUCGUUUGCAGCAGCUCGGCUUGGCUCAGAGGAGGAGAAGGCUGGGACCCGGCAGAGCCGCCCGCGGAGUCCCGAGCGAGCCCCGGCGGGCUGCGGCGCGCAGGACUCGGCGCGGCGCGCAUGGAGGGCUGGGGCGCUGGGGCGGCCAACGCGAGCGCCGCGCCGCCGGGCGCAGGAGGCAACCACACGGCCGGGCCGCCGCGGCGCGACGAGGCCCUGGCGCGCGUGGAGGUGGCCGUGCUCUGCCUCAUCCUCGUCCUGGCGCUGGGCGGCAACGCGUGCGUGCUGCUGGCGCUGCGCACCACGCGCCACAAGCACUCGCGCCUCUUCUUCUUCAUGAAGCACCUGAGCAUCGCCGACCUGGUGGUGGCCGUGUUCCAGGUGCUGCCGCAGCUGCUGUGGGACAUCACCUUCCGCUUCUACGGGCCCGACCUGCUGUGCCGCCUGGUGAAGUACCUGCAGGUGGUGGGCAUGUUCGCCUCCACCUACCUGCUGCUGCUCAUGUCGCUGGACCGCUGCCUGGCCAUCUGCCGCCCGCUGCGCCCGCGGCGCCGCCGCACCGACCGCCUGGCCGUGCUCGCCACCUGGCUGGGCUGCCUGGCGGCCAGCGCGCCGCAGGUGCACAUCUUCUCGCUGCGCGAGGUGGCCGACGGCGUCUUCGACUGCUGGGCGGUCUUCAUCCAGCCCUGGGGGCCCAAGGCCUACGUCACGUGGAUCACGCUGGCCGUCUACAUCGUGCCGGUCUUCGUGCUGGCCGCCUGCUACGGCCUCAUCAGCCUCAAGAUCUGGCAGAACCUGCGACUCAAGACGGCGGCGGCGGCGGCGGCUGAGGCCCCCGAGGGCGCGGCGGGCGCGGGCCGGGCGGCCCUGGCACGCGUCAGCAGCGUCAAGCUCAUCUCCAAGGCCAAGAUCAGGACGGUCAAGAUGACCUUCGUCAUCGUGCUGGCCUUCAUCGUGUGCUGGACGCCCUUCUUCUUCGUGCAGAUGUGGAGCGUGUGGGAUGCGGACGCGCCCAAGGAAGCUUCGGCCUUCAUCAUCGCCAUGCUCCUGGCCAGCCUCAACAGCUGCUGCAACCCCUGGAUCUACAUGCUCUUCACGGGCCACCUCUUUCAUGAACUCGUGCAGCGCUUCCUCUGCUGCCCCUCCAGCCGCCAGCAGGGGAGCCGGCCGGGCGAGACCAGCCUCAGCAGAAAGAGCGGCUCGUCCUCCUUCGUCCUGAGCCGCCGCAGCUCGAGCCAGAGGAGCGGCUCCCAGCCCACCGUGGCGUGACCCGCCGGCCUGGGCCAGCGCCGCCCCAUGAGGCGCAGGCUGUGCCAACUGGGCCGCACCGCAACUUGGUGUCGGUGUACGUGCACAAGGUACCUGUCAGCCUGAAUGCCUCCGCUCCUGGGGGUGGCCUACGCAGAGCGGGAGGUGGUCUCCAGGGUGGAAGAUGAAGAAGACUCAGCCAGCACGUAAUCCCCCCCCCCCUCCUGGGCUCCUCCCACACACACAUUUCUGUCUGCCUGUGACCCAGCUGCUACCCUGGGUAUGGGUGGGCCACGUCCCCCCGCCCUCCCCACCUGUCAUGUCACUCUACUAUCUUUUUACGCCUUUGUUCUGGGAUCUUGUGAGAGGUGGUGAAAUAAGAUUGGUGGCCAGUUGGGCCAGGAAUCCCAGUAUUGUGAGAAUUGGGGUGAGGAGUGGGGAUGGGGCUCCUGCUGGGGAGGGUGGCACCUUUGCCUUUGAGUGGGCAGAUCCUGGUGCCCCUGGGGACCGGUUCGUGGGAGGGUAGCCCUGGGAGCUAGCAGUUAUCCCGUAAGACCAUCUGGCCCAGGGAGGAGAUUAGAACAUGGAUUGUUUAAGAAGAAGCACUUGGAAAAGAAAAAGAAAUGAAAGGAAGAUUGGAUUGGAAGGGAAGGAAAGAUUGGAAAGGAAGAAGUAGAACUAUUUGCAGAUGACAUGGUUUUGUCUAUGGGAAAUCCUAAGGAACUUACACACAAACACACACACAUACACACACCCCCUCAGUAGAACUAAUAAACAAGUUCAGCAAAGUGGCAGGAUGCCAGAUCAAUAUACAAAAGUAAGUUGUAUUUCUCUACACUAGUAAUGAGCGAUAUGAGAAUGAAAUUAAUAAAUAAUUCCAUUUAUAAUAGGAUCAGAAAGGAUACAUAGGGGAAAAUGUAACAAAAGAAGUACAAGACUUGUACCCUGAAAACUACAACCUACUAUUGAAAGAAAUUAAAGAAGACUUAAAUAAAUAGGAAGGCCAUGUUUGUGGGUCAGAGACUCAAUAUUGUUCAGAGAGCAAUACUGUCCUAACUGGUACACAGAUUCAAUUCAAUCCUUGUUAAAAGCCCUAGCAGGCUUCUCUGCAGAAAUGAGUGGGCUGGUCCUAAAAUUUGUGAGGAGAUACAAGGAGUCCAGAAUAGCCAAUAAAUCUUGAGAAAGAAGAAUGAGGUUGGUGGAUUCAGACUUCCUGAUUUCAGAACUCACUAUAAGGCUACGAUAAUGAAAACAGCAUGGGACUGGCUCAAGGGUAGACAUCCAGAGCAGGGGGAUAGAAUAAAGAGUCAGAUACGAACACCUACAUUUAUGGUCAGUUGAUUUUUGACAAGGGUGCCAAGAUGAUUCGCCGGGGAAGGAGGAGUGUUAUCAGCAGAUGGUGCCGGGACGGUUGGAUGUGCCAAAGCCUGACGUUAAACUCCACUUCCCUUACACCAUAUGCAAAAAUUAACUCCAAAUGCAUCCAAGACCUAAAUGUAAGAGCUAAAACUAAAAUUCUGAGAAGGAAACGUAGGCAUAAAGCUUUGUCAACUGAGGUUAGGCAGUGGCUUCUUAGCUACGACACCAAAGACCCAAACAACCAAAAGAAAAAUAGAUCAAUCGGACGUAGUCAAGAUAUAACGCUUUUGUGAUUUAAAGGAUGCUACCAGGAAAACGAAAAGACGACCCACAGAAUGGGAGAGAUGUUUGCAAAUCGUAUAUCUAAUGAGAGACUUGUCUCCAGAAUAUAUAAAUAACUCUUGCAAUGAUAAAAAGAGAAAUAAACCAAUUAAAAAUGGGCUAAAGAGUUAAAUAGACAUUUUUCCAAAGAAGGUACACAAACAGCCAAUAAGCACAUGAAGAGAUGCUCAGCAUUGUAUAAUUCUCUAGGGAAUGCAAAGUGAACUCACGGUGAGAGUCCACUUCACACCCCCGAGGGCUACUGGAAUGACAGGGAGGGGCAAUAGCAGGUGUCGGGAGGAUGCAGAGAAUCUGGAAACCCACACACACGGCUGGCGGGUAUGCGAAUGGUGCAGCCCUUCGGAAAACAGUUCAACGGUUCCUCAAAACCUUAAAUAUGGAAUCACCGUGGGACCCGGGAAAUGCCACUCGUGGGUAUUUGCCCAAGAUAAAUGAAAACGUACAUAGGCAUAAAAACACGUAAAACUCUGAUGUCCGUAGCACCGUGACUUAUAACAGCCUAGGGUGGAAACAGCCCACCCGUCCAUUGAACGAAGAGUGGGAGACAAGGCGUGCCAGGCCGGCUGUAGAAGAAAGGAAGCCUUGGCGUUUGCUGCAGGGCAGGUGGACCUUGGAAACUCCCCGAGCGAAAGAAGCCAGUCGCACAAGGCCACAUGCUGUCUGAUCCCAUUUACACGGAAUGUUCCAGAACAGACGGAUCCUUAGAGACGGAAUAUGGACCAGUGUUUGCCGGGGAGCCCGGGGGCUGUUGGAAAUGGGGACUGACUACUCAGGGUGUGGGGUUUCUUUUUUGGGGGGUGGUGGUGAGAAUGUUCCGGAGUCGGCGGUGACGGCACGCGAUUUAGAGACGUACUAAGAAACACUGAAUUGUACACUUAAAAAAGCUAAAAAUAAAAAAACAUAUGUUUAUAGCAGGUGCAUUCAGAGAAAACCAGCUUGAUGAAUGAAUUCCUUGGAAUCCACGUCUCAGCCUCCCGGAGCCUGUUUCUCCCUGACUCACCACUGGGCGGCGCAGGGGUUUCUCCCUCGGUUUCUCUGCAAGACGCGCCUUUCC